GCUGCGAAGGCGUUUUCGUCUUCCUCUCGCGACGAUGUGCGAGCAGCCAGCGGCGACGUCCUAUAGAGGGGGCCCGCCGCCGACGCAUUGGCCAUCUGCUGGCCCUGCCUUCCCCUGCGCGUCCCCAUCCCAUCCUCCUGCGUCCGGGAGGCGCGACACGGAGCUGCACUUCCUCGAGGCCUGCUUCUACCGCCGGCCGGAUCGGAGCGGGGACGCCUCCUACCCUACCACUGCCGCGAGUGCGACGAGAGGCGUGGCGGCGGCUGCGGCGGCCUGUGACAUCCGCUGCUGCUCCAGGGGCGCCACGUUCGUGCUCAAGGAGGUGGACAUGGCCAUCGUCGCCGACCUCGCCGUGCUGCAGCGCCUGCCGGCUGCCGUGGAUUGUCGGCUACGGGAACGCCGCAGACCUCGCGCUCACGGGGCGAAAGAAAUCACCGCCAUGGAGGCCAAGGAGAUGGGCCUCGUCAGCAGGGUCUUCGAUUCCAAGAAAGACUUGGAUGCCGGUAUUGCAAAGAUCGCCAAAGAGAUAGCUGAGAAGUCGGCAUGGGCAGUGAUGGGAGCCAAGGCUGUUUUGCUGAGAAGCAGGGAUGUGACCGUAGAAUAAGGCCUGGAGCAUGUAGCCACAUGGAAUGCGGCGAUGCUGAGAUCUAACGAUCUAAAAGAGGCCAUCAGAGCCUUCCUGGAGAAGCGGAAGCCUGUGUUCUCCAAGCUGUAAUAAUCAGAUACGAUACCCCUAUGUGUCAGGAAGCGAAAAGAUAAUAAAGUGAGUUAUUAGAAGCAGUCGUGAAGUACCAUCUGUGGUUACAAUAGGCGAAACAUCCAUUCUUGUUGGGGAGCAAAGUAGGAUUGAAGUUAAUUCAGUUGAUUAUGUCAGAUGAUCCCAGGGUGUUCCUGCUUUGUUGCCUGUUCCAGCUUGUACGCAGAGUCAUUUCUUCUGCCAUCAUAUACGACAGUGGAUAUCCAAAUUCGCUCAA